UUUCAACGCGAAAGUGACAACCACAAUCAAGAAGAAAUGCACAACCACAAUCAAGAAGAAAGGCUCUCAUCCUAGGCCUUAUGAUGACUCCCACUUUGGAGCUCAGAGCUGCGAUUACUCUCCAUUUUGGUCCCUAAUCGUCUUUAACUUCGUAAUCUUCUCGUUCAUUAGCGCUUGUUCCAUAGCUUUUCGUCGUUUAAAUGGAGAAUAUCGAUUCUAGUCGGUGCAAUAAUCAAAGGGAAAUCAGAGAGCUAGGGUUUUAGUUUCGGUUAUCCAAAACGUGUACGGAGCUUAUCUACAAUGGACGGAACGAGUCGAUAUGAGUCUUCGUCCGAAUCUGGUAUUCCCUCCGGGUUGAAUCCGAUUAAGACUCGGCGAAUUCCUUCCAAGGACCAACCGAGUUCGAAGCUCGACGAGUCGACCGAGUCUCCGAGUUUUGGGGCCUCAAGGCCUUCCCUUAAGCAAAAGCAAAGGACUAUGGCUCACGGACGUGGAAAGGCCAGUGGUUCUUCCAGAAAAGAACUCCACAAAGGAAAGAAGAUAGCUCGUUGGUUCAAGUCAUAUCUUUCCAAGGAUUCAACUCAACCUGUUAAUAAUGUUCCUUCAAACAUUGAGGGCUACGAGUCAAAAUUCAAGACACUUGAUAAGGAGGGUGCUACACAAGCUAGAGUACACAAUAAGGGAAGACAUUUAAAUGAAAAAUAUUCUUCACGAGAGAGUGCAACCUUCUGUAAAGUGCCAAAAGGUCUAAAAAGUUUUUCACAUGAAUUAGGACCCAAGGGUGGCACUCCACCUGCCCAGCCUCGGGCCCACAGCUACAGCGAUCUGGAGGAGCUUUUGGGUUCUUUGCAUUCAAGAUUUGAUGCUGCCAAAGAAGUGGUGAAUGUGGAGCUGGCUAGUUUUGCAGUGGAUGUUAUGGAUGUUGUUGAGAAUAUUGACUUGUCGCCAGAGGGGCAGAAAAUGGCAGAGGAUCUUCUCAUUCUUGCUAAAAAGUGUAUGGAAAUGACCUCUUCUGAGUUUCGUGCCAAAUGUGAAACAAUUGUCCAAGAAUUGACUGCAAAAAGGCAUCAGUGUCAAACAGGAAUGCUAAAGUGGCUGGUCACACGCAUGCUGUUCAUAUUAACACGCUGCACUAGACUGUUGCAGUUCCAGAAAGAUAGGGAGCCAAUAGAUGAGAAAUCUCUUGAUAAACUAAAGAAAUGUUUAGAAAGUAUUCCUGCUGUUGAAACAAGCUGGGUGCCCAAUACACGGAUUGCUGAUUCUGGUUUAGAUUAUGCUUUGAGUCAGAAGGAUGCUGUCAGACGUGAAUUGCAGCGGGAAAAUAAGCUAUAUUCUGUUCCCGAGGCAAGUUGUAGCAGUUCUGUAGAGCCAGAUGAUGAGAGUGACUCAAUUUCUAGAAAAGAUAACAUGGUUUUGGAACAAAAAUUGCCAAUUCAGAAUUCCCAAACUGAUUUCCUUUCACAAGUCCAACAGUUUCAUCUAUUUGAUGGCAGUAUUGGAAAGUCAGCAAAUAAUUCCAGUUCUGGUUCAUUUCAUGAACAAGAACGAAGUCCAGGUGGAUCUGUUUCAGUUCUCUGCCGGAUAUGUGAGGAAAUUGUUCCUACUUCUCAUCUGGAAUUCCAUUCUUAUAUAUGUGCAUAUGCUGAUAAGUGUGACUUAAAUUAUCUAGAUGUAGAUGAGCGCCUUAUAAAACUUGUGGAGAUAUUGGAACAGAUUAUAGAGUCACGCAAUAUGAGUUUUCAUGCAUCUUAUGACAGCCCUGAAAACUCAGGAACACAUACUAUAAACUUUGGAAUUGCAUCUGAAGGUUAUUCUCCCAAGAUAAGUGAGUGGCGAAAUAAAGGUGUUGAAGGAAUGUUUGAGGAUAUACAUGAGAUGGACACAGCCUUUAUAGAUGAUUCUCAUUCGGCAUCUAUGAAUCUGAAGGGCCACUUGGGUUUGAAGCUUGGCUACCAUGGCACAUCAUCCUCAACUGGGAGCAUGACAUCAGUAUCAUCCACAAAUACCCCUAGAGCUGGUCAUUUUGACUCCUGGUGGUUGGAGCACAACAAUCCUUCUGCACUGGAGGAUUUGCAACAGAUGAAUGACCUUGCGGACAUAGCUCGCUGUGUGGCAGGAACAAAUCUUUCAGAAGAAGGGUCCUAUGAAUUUUUGCUUGCCUGCAUGCAAGACUUGCAGGAUGUUUUAUGCAAUAGCAAGCUGAAAGCUCUUGUAAUAGACACCUUUGGAGGCCGUAUAGAGAAACUUUUGCGGGACAAAUAUAUACUUUCUUGUGAACUAAUGGAUAUGAGAAGUCCAAAGAGUAAUAGCAAGAAUAAGGAAAGCUCAAGACCUCUGUUGGAUAAUGCAUCUCAGAGUAUCACAGUGUCAUCUCGGACUAGCAUUGAUGACUUUGAGAUCAUUAAACCAAUUAGCAGGGGUGCUUUUGGUAAAGUCUUUCUUGCUCGCAAGCGGACAACAGGAGAUUUUUUUGCAAUAAAGGUGCUGAAGAAAUUGGAUAUAAUAAGAAAAAAUGAUAUUGAGCGUAUAGUAGCAGAGCGUAACAUACUAAUUACUGUCCGAAACCCUUUUGUGGUUCGAUUUUUUUAUUCAUUCACCUGUAGAGAUAACAUUUACUUGGUCAUGGAAUAUCUCAAUGGAGGUGAUCUUUACUCGCUGCUCAGAAAUGUUGGUUGCCUUGAGGAAGAUGUAGCUCGUUUAUAUAUUGCAGAAUUGGUUCUUGCUUUGGAGUACCUCCACUCUCUUGGAAUUGUGCAUCGUGAUUUGAAACCUGACAACAUAUUGAUUGCACAUGAUGGGCACAUCAAGCUUACAGACUUUGGGCUAUCAAAGAUUGGCCUUAUAAAUAGCACCAUAGAUUUAUCAGGACCUCAGACAAAUGGAACUACUUCUCUAGAUGCGGAUAACCCACAUGCUCAACAAACGGAGGAAAGAAGUCGGCACUCAGCAGUUGGGACACCUGACUACUUGGCCCCAGAAAUCCUUCUCGGAACUGAGCAUGGUUAUGCUGCUGAUUGGUGGUCAGUGGGAAUCAUCUUAUUUGAAUUAAUAACUGGAAUUCCACCUUUCACCGCUGAACGUCCAGAGAUAAUUUUUGACAACAUUCUUAACAGAAAAAUCCCCUGGCCAUCUGUUCCUAGUGACAUGUCCUAUGAGGCCCAAGACUUUAUUUAUAGGUUUCUUAUACAUGAUCCAGAGCAGCGCUUAGGAGCAAAUGGAUCAGUAGAGGUAAAAGCACAUCCUUUUUUCAGAGGGGUUAACUGGGACAACCUAGCAUUGCAAAAGGCUGCAUUUGUGCCACAGCCUGACAGUGCAGAUGACACGAGCUAUUUUAUAUCACGGUUUACUCAAAUUUCUGGUGGAAUGCUGGAUGAUCGAAAAUGCAGCAAUUCUGAUUCUGACACUCAGGAAUCAUCCUCAAAUUCUGGAGCUGAGAUGGAUGAAUGCGGUGACCUAGCUGAGUUUGAUGCUUCUCCAUUAAAUCUCUCAUUGAUAAAUUUCUCUUUCAAGAAUUUGUCACAGUUGGCAUCUAUUAACCACGACGUGCUCUUACAGACUGGAAAGGAUUCAAACAAGUCCUCCCCAUCCAGUGGUCCAGGUUCAUAGUUCAUGGAGUUCUUACACUGAAUAUAUUGUACAGCUGACCCUGUAUAUAAUGAUUUUAGGAUAGGAAGAUAAAAGUAUAUAUAUACGAAAAGGAAAAGAAAAUCAAAGGGGUUAAAGAUAAAAAUAUAACUUCAGCAACAACAAUACAAUACCAUCUAGUGGUAUUCAUUGUUCCUUCCGGAGCUCAUGUCUCUUUCAUGGAAAGAAAAUGAGAACACAUUAUUGUUUAUUAAUAAAAUCAGAAACAAACAAUACUUAAUUCAA